CCAGCGGCACCCUUAGAGCAUGGCAAAAGGUGUGACAAGAGUCACUAGCAGAUCCGACGCUGUACAGGGAAGCCACAACGAUACCCACACCCAGAGCAGGGCGGUGCCCUGUUCACGUGAUCCGACAACGCCCCGCCCCGGCCCUGCUUGGGUCGAACCUGUCUGCGCUUGCGCGGGCGCGGGCUCGCUCGCCGGCCGUCCUGCGGGCGGGCGCCGGGGGCCAUGGGCAUGGUGGUUCACACCUUUAAUCCCAGUACUCUAGGGGGCAGAGGCAGGUGGAUCUCUUGAGUUCAAAGCCAGCCUGGUAUACAGAGCAAGUUCCAGGACAGCCAAGGCUACACAGAGAAACCCUGUCUCAAAAAAAAAGGAAAUGCACUUAUCAAAAUUGACUUCAGAAGAGAGAAGGCUAACGAUGGAAAACACUGGGAAAGUGACCAGAAAGCUGUCCUCGGUGCCAGGCCCAGUUGAUGUCACAGGUAAAGUCUUCUAAACUUAAAGGAACAGGCUAAGUCUUCCCCAGAGAGGAGCGGCUGGAAGCACCAUGAUGGGCUCAGAAGCUCAUGACAAGAGGCCUCCGAUGUUGACCUCAUCAAACCAGGACUUGUCACCUCACCUCGCGGACGUGGGGCAAAUAAAGCAUUACUUCUGUGGCUGCUGCGCCGCUUUCAACAACGUGGCCAUCACUUACCCUGUUCAGAAGAUCCUCUUCCGGCAGCAGCUGUACGGCAUCAAAACCCGGGACGCCAUCCUGCAGUUGAGGAAGGAUGGGUUCCGCAACUUGUACCGGGGAAUCCUCCCCCCACUGAUGCAGAAGACGACCACGCUGGCGCUUAUGUUUGGUCUGUAUGAGGACCUGUCGCGCCUGCUCCGCAAGCACGUGAGCAACGCUCCUGAGUUUGCCACCCGAAGUGUGGCAGCACUGCUUGCCGGGACAACAGAAGCCAUUCUCACUCCAUUGGAAAGGGUUCAGACUUUGCUUCAGGACCACAAGCAUCAUGAUAAGUUCACAAACACUUACCAGGCCUUCCGGGCGCUCAGAUGCCAUGGGGUUGCAGAGUAUUACCGAGGCUUGGUGCCCAUCCUUUUCCGAAAUGGAUUCAGCAAUAUCCUUUUCUUUGGCCUUCGUGGGCCCAUUAAGGAGCAUCUGCCUACUGCCACUACAAAUAGUGAACAUCUGGUCAACGACUUCAUCUGUGGAGGUGUGCUCGGAGCCAUGCUGGGCUUCUUAAGCUUCCCCGUUAAUGUUGUAAAAGCUCGAAUACAGUCUCAGAUUGGUGGGCCGUUCCAGUCUCUCCCCAUGGUUUUCAAGACAAUCUGGAUAGAACGGGACAGGAAACUGAUCAAUCUUUUCAGAGGUGCACAUCUGAAUUACCACCGCUCGCUCAUCUCCUGGGGAAUAAUCAAUGCAACUUAUGAGUUUUUGUUAAAGAUUGUGUGAUAAUGUCACUACCUGAGAUGUUAUUCUCAAUUGAGUAGACCUAAGGAAAAUGCAAUUUAGCUUUGUUCCUAAUUGGCUUAAAUAAGGUGGUGUCAUUAAGAUCAAGCCCUAAUUACGGACAAAGCCUUGACAAACAGUGCAGAUUUCAGUGGGCAGGGGUCAGGGUUAGGGUUUGGUCAUUUCUCCAGAGCCUCAGGUUGUUGCCUGGGAACCAGCCUGUACCUGAUGGCCUUUCAGGGCAGCUGUCACCGGGAUAGAUCUCAUCCUCCCGGAAGGGUUGCUAGGCCUUCUGUGUGGAAACUGUGGCGUCAGCAGCCAGAGCACAUGCUCCUGGCCCAGGGCUUCUCAGGCUCACUCUCACCUCAUGUAUUUUGUCUCUGCUCGUAGGAGAGUCAUCGUCAUUAAACCCGAGCUCUGCAUGGAGGACUGGAGCAGAGGUGGCGCUCAGUGCCAUGGCUGUGGCUCCAUGAUGAAUUGUUGGGGUUAGCUUUGAAAUGACGUGCUGUUAAGAUAGCCAUUCUCCAAACUAUUUCUGUUCAGUUUUGAUAGAAUUAAGCAGCUAGUGAAAGCUUCCAUUUUACUGUUUAGCUUUGAACAUUUUCUGUUUAAUUCUGAAUAUGACUUUAAGCCCUUCCAGAAUGUCCUUGUGCUGUUUUUACUGAAUUCAUUGCCAAAAGAUCGGGUGCCCUAGUUAACACAUUGUGUGCUUCACCACUGUAAGCGGUUCACUGCAAGCUCUACUGUUCUGCUUGACUUGUUUGUGCUACUGGUGUGGACACAGCCGACCAGUGGGGACACUGUCCCUUGUGAGUAGUAACUGUCAUGUCUGUCCUGUUCUCUGGUACUAGACUUUAAAAAAUAAACACUUCCAUAUAGUUUUACUUUGGGAGUCUUAAUAUAGUCCCAGGUCUUUUUUUCUGGUUUCUCAGUGUUGCAGAGUAAGGUAAGGAGCAGAGGCUGCUUCCCCUCCAUCCGGCCCCCUCUGUCUCUGAAAAGAAAGAUGUCAGGGUUCUGACACUCUAGGAGCCCGGUUACCACUGUGCCACUUAAGAGUGUCUGCUCUAGGGGUUGGGGAUUUAGCUCAGUGGUAGAGCGCUUGCCUAGCAAGCACAAGGCCCUGGGUUCAGUCCCCAGCUCCGAAAAAAAGAAAAAAGAAAAAAAAAAAAAAAAGAGUGUCUGUUCUAAGUAACAGCACUGACUUCUGGGGCUCACUCAGGUAGGACUCAACUAGCAGGAACCAGGCCAAGGAGCCACAGUUAUUUUCUGAGUAAAUAUUGUGAAAGACUAACAAUUCAACUGAAAUAACAUGUCUGGAGAAGUAGCUUAGAAUCUUAAAGAGGCUGUCUGUAAACACCACAGGUAAACUUGUUUCCCAGGAUUUGACACAAGAAAGUCAGUUUCUUUGUUUUUUUUAAUGGUGCUAGGGAUUGAACCCAGGGCCUUGCACAUCCUAGGCACUUGCUGUCCCGCUGAGCUACACUCCAGCCUCCCCAGUUUUUGUUUUACUUGAUUUUAUUUUGAGACCGGUUCUCAACAUUCUGCCUUCUGAGUGCUGGGAUUAAAGGCAUCCCCAGUCCUUAAGGAUAAGUUUCUUACUAACAGUUUUUCAUCUUGAGGUAAUUGCAUACAAAUGUGUGUGUGUGUAUGUGUGUGUGUGUGUGUGUGUGUGUGUGUGUGUAUGUGUGUGUAUGUAUAUGUGUGUACAUGUGCGUGCACCUUCAGGCUGAAACCAGACCCUUAACUGGAGUUUCUGGGGAAGGUAAUCCAAAACAGCUCUUUACCUCUAACUCCACUAAAGCUGGUUAAAGGAAGCUAACAUCGCCCGGCUGUAAGGGUUGGGAGCCCAGUAAGUAUUGGGGUGGCAGAAACGGAGGUCAGUGGUUUUGGAGCAACACUGAUGGAAGAGUUGGUGCGGUAUGGUGUGGUGCAGACAUUAAGGGGCAAAUGUGAGGACUCAGCAGACAAGCAUUUGACGGAGAUCCAUCUGAGUAGUACUGUGUCUCAGUUAUGGUUGGUGAGAACUCUCACUAAUGAGAUAGCGCCUCGGUUCCUGACCCCCGUGUCCGCGUGCAGUAUUGUGCACCCAUGGCCUGUCCAAGUGCAGCACAGGGGGAGGAGGGGUGAGUUAAUCAGGGACUACACUUGCUUGGCCCUGAGUGUCAUUGGCCUUCAGAGAGAGGAAGAGGCCUUGUUCUCUUACACUCCAUGCAGGUGGUUGUGUUAGUUGUAAAGCACUCUGUGACGUGCAUUUAAGGGUAGUGCUUUUGCUUUGCUGUCCUAAUUAUGUGGCGUUCCUAAUGCUUUUUAACUUUUAAACACUUUGUCACCCUUAGAGUUCUUGAAGACAAGAUUGCAGUGUAUUACAGAGGUGGCUUUGUCUCUGAUAACUUUGACAAAAUUCAGAACUUGUGACCCACUUUGAACUUUUAUGUCAGACUGUAAUUAAUAGAGUCUUAACUAGUACAGUGAUAUUUUUUAAAGGCAAAAAGACUAAAGAACUCUCCGAAAAGCUUUAAAGUGGCCUUUGUGUUACAUGCGUGGCAUGGGUGGCUCAUGAGUGCAGGACACGAGUGAUCCGUGUGUCCUAUCUGAUGUCACCAGGAACCUACGAGUUUUGCAUUUAACACAUGUCAGUGCCGUGAACCCUCAGGACUGCAGCAGAGUCAACACAGCCUCUGCAUUGUGGCAAAUUGGUGUUCGGCUUCUUUUGUGGUUAGAGACAGAUGUGUGUGCCUAUCAGCAUUUAUCUCGUGGUUGGUCUUAUAAUCACUUGCUAUAUAUUGUGACCCUGUGCAAUAAAGCAGAAUUGUACAUACAUAGUUCUAUUUGGGUACCUGAAAUUCCUAAGCUCAAUUACAAUGUAGAUAAACUUGUAAGGUUUAGAGGACUGGCCUGUCGCGUAAGUGGUUAACAGAGAAUGAACCCUGGUUCCGGGGUGGUAUGAGCCGAGUUGGUGCGGUCACAGCUGAAUCAGACUAUUAGCAGUAAGGCAUUCAUACUUGGAUUCCCUAUGUCAAAUGUAUUUUUUUCUCAUAUACAAAUAAAUGCAUAUCAAAAACGAA